GACAUGAAUGAACAGCGAGCUUUAUUAAUGGAGAUUGAUGGCUGCAGAGAACACUUCUAAACAAUCCACCUUAUAUGCCACCUUUGGCAGAAAAGGAAAAAGGGCUGGAUCUCGUGACCUUGUGCAUGGAAAGUCAACAGUUCCUGCCAGAUGGGACCCCUGUCAGGCACUAUGAUGUACAUAGUCUGUAUGGAUGGUCACAGGCACAACCGACCUACUUCGCUGUACGCAAUGCCACAGGGGAACGUGGAAUUGUUAUCACCCGAUCAACAUAUCCCUCUAGUGGACGAUGGACAGGUCACUGGCUUGGUGAUAACUAUGCAAGAUGGGACCAGCUUGAAAAGUCUAUUAUUGGUAUAAUGGAGUUUGGCCUCUUUGGAAUUUCCUAUAUUGGAGCCGAUAUCUGUGGCUUCUUCAAUGAUACAACAUAUGAAAUGUGUGCCCGGUGGAUGCAGCUUGGAUCAUUUUACACCUAUUCUAGAAAUCAUAAUGUGAUAGGAACUCAGAGGCAAGAUCCUGUUUCCUUUGAUGAAAAGUUUGAAAAUAUUUCCAGAGAUAUACUCAAUACAAGAUACACGCUGUUACCUUAUCUCUACACUUUAAUGCAUGAAGCCCAUGUUCUUGGUAGCACUGUAACACGUCCUCUGCUUUUCGAGUUUGUGGAAGACAAAAAUACGUGGGAUAUAUACAAACAGUUUUUGUGGGGCCCAGCACUGCUGAUUAGCCCUGUGUUAGAUGAAGGAGCUACAGAAGUGAAUGCUUAUAUACCCAGUGCACGCUGGUAUGAUUAUUACACGGGAAAAGAUCUUGAAGUAAGGGAACAAUUCCAGACAUUGCCUGCACCUCUUGAGCAUAUCAAUCUUCAUAUCCGGGGCGGUUACAUCAUCCCCUGGCAAGAACCUGGUCUUAAUACCAAUCAAAGCCGACAAAACUCUAUGGGACUUACUGUUGCUUUGGAUGAUAACGAGGUCGCUCAAGGUCAGCUUUACUGGGAUGAUGGAGUAAGCAUUGACACAUAUGAAAAUGGUAAUUAUUUCUUGGCAACAUUUGCCACAAACCAGAGUGUUUUAGAAAUUACGAUUGUGCACAAUGGAUACACUGACCCAAACAAUUUAAAAUUUGGUGAAAUUAAAGUCUUGGGAGUUGACAGAGUACCUUUAGCUGUUACAGUAAAACAAAAUGGUGUGACCAUUCCAUCUCUCCAUAAUGUCAGCUACAGUGCUACGGAAAAGCUGCUGCAUAUUACCGGGCUUCAGCUUGAACUAGGGAAACCCUACUCAGUGGACUGGUCUUCAGUGGUUGAAGACAAUGAAAAAUUUAACUGUUAUCCUGACUCAGGUGCAUCAGAAGAAAAUUGUACUGCUCGUGGCUGUAUCUGGCAGGUUGCCUCUAACUCCCUUGUACCAUCAUGUUACUACCCAAGUAAUCACGGUUAUUCUGUCAGUAACAUUCAAAACACCGCUUCAGGUCUUACGGCUGACCUCUCCAGAGAUCCUAGUAUCCCUGAUCGGUAUGGGGAUCGUUCUCCCCCUAUCACCACACUUCGUUUGGAAGUGAAAUAUCACGAUGACAACAUGUUUCAGUUCAAGAUUUAUGAUGCCAACAAUAAGAGAUAUGAAGUUCCAGUACCACUAUUCCUCCCUAGUACUCCAACGAGUACAGAAGCAGGUCGACUCUAUGAAGUGACCAUUAAGAACAAUCCAUUUGGUAUUCAGAUUCGACGCAAACGCACGGGAACAAUUAUCUGGGAUUCUCAGGUACCUGGCUUCACUUUUAGUGACAUGUUCAUUCAGAUUUCUACUCGUCUGCCAUCACAGUAUGUCUACGGCUUUGGUGAAACUGAACACACUACGUUUCGGCGUGAUAUGAACUGGCAGACCUGGGGAAUGUUCACCAAAGACCAGUCCCCUGGUUACAAACUGAAUUCCUAUGGUUUUCAUCCCUUUUACAUGGGCCUGGAAAAUGAUGGAAAUGCUCAUGGAGUCUCUCUGCUUACCAGUAAUGCAAUGGAUGUCACAUUCCAGCCAACCCCUGCUCUGACGUAUCGCACUAUUGGAGGAAUUCUGGAUCUUUACAUGGUGUUGGGCCCAACGCCGGAGUUGGUUGUUCAGGAAUACACUGCACUGAUUGGACGACCGGUCAUGCCACCAUACUGGUCUUUGGGAUUCCAGUUGCGUUAUGGAUACAAAAAUGACACUGAAGUCUCUGACCUCUAUGAGGCAAUGAAGGCAGCUCGGAUACCUUAUGAUGUACAGUAUACAGACAUUGAUUACAUGGAGCGGAAGUUAGACUUUACUCUCAGCCCAAACUUUGCAGGACUUCCUGCUAUGAUUAAUCGAAUAAAAGAAGAAGGAAUGAGAUUCGUCGCUAUUCUGGACCACCUAUCUCUGGGCAAUGAGACAAUGCUUAUCCACCAUCACAAGAGGUGUGCAGGUGUCUUCAUCAAGUGGCCUAACAGCAACUGGUUGUUCUGGGCAAAGUCUGUUGUUGGCCAGAUUAUCCUAAUGUGUAGUUAUGAGUCUGCAGAUUUAGAAACACAGAUCAGCAAGUGGUGCAAAGAGAAUAGUAGAAAUUCCACACUAAUCCAAAAUGAUCCAGCGAAGAGUGUAAAAUUGAUGGCUGUGGACUGGGAAGGGAAUUGGUUUCACCGAUCACAUACUCUCUCUAGUGGACGAUGGACAGGUCACUGGCUUGGUGAUAACUAUGCAAGAUGGGACCAGCUUGAAAAAUCUAUUAUUGGUAUAAUGGAGUUUGGCCUCUUUGGAAUUUCCUAUAUUGGAGCCGAUAUCUGUGGCUUCUUCAAUGAUACAACAUAUGAAAUGUGUGCCCGGUGGAUGCAGCUUGGAUCAUUUUACACCUAUUCUAGAAAUCAUAAUGUGAUAGGAACUCAGAGGCAAGAUCCUGUUUCCUUUGAUGAAAAGUUUGAAAAUAUUUCCAGAGAUAUACUCAAUACAAGAUACACGCUGUUACCUUAUCUCUACACUUUAAUGCAUGAAGCCCAUGUUCUUGGUAGCACUGUAACACGUCCUCUGCUUUUCGAGUUUGUGGAAGACAAAAAUACGUGGGAUAUAUACAAACAGUUUUUGUGGGGCCCAGCACUGCUGAUUAGCCCUGUGUUAGAUGAAGGAGCUACAGAAGUGAAUGCUUAUAUACCCAGUGCACGCUGGUAUGAUUAUUACACGGGAAAAAAUCUUGAAAUAAGGGGACAAUUCCAGACAUUGCCAGCACCUCUUGAGCAUAUCAAUCUUCAUAUCCGGGGAGGUUACAUCAUCCCCUGGCAAGAACCUGGUCUUAAUACCAAUCAAAGCCGACAAAACUUUAUGGGACUUACUGUUGCUUUGGAUGAUAACGAGGUCGCUCAAGGUCAGCUUUACUGGGAUGAUGGAGUAAGCAUUGACACAUAUGAAAAUGGUAAUUAUUUCUUAGCAACAUUUGCCGCAAACCAGAGUACCGUUAAUAUGAAUGUGGUGCAUAACAACUUCCUAACUAACACAAAUCCAUUGAAAUUUGGCUAUAUGAACAUCUGGGGAAUAGGAAACCAACAGAUUACAAAUGUUACUGUCAUUUAUGAUGGACAGACACAUACGAUUACUAACUUCACCAGUAACCAAGGAAAUCAGGUGCUACAAAUUGAUUUUACUGAGAAAAUAUUCAGCAUUGAAAAAUUUACACAACUUACAUGGACAACAAGCAAUUAACCAUCUGUGGACAACAGGCAGUUUUAAAGCAUCUCCAGAGGCACAUUUUCAUCAGCUGUUGUAUUUUGUUCAGCUAUACUAAUAGUGAAAAAACAAAGAAAUAAAAAAUUCUGUUGUGCAUACUACUGCACUAAGAUGUAAUUUUGCCUGUGCCACUUAAUUCUGACAUGAUUAGUAGGGAUGUUCGCUUAGCUUGCACACAUGGGUAGGAGCCCAUUUUGAAACAUACAUGUCAUAUUAAUGAAAACAUAUGUUAAGAAUUCUCAGAGAUCUUUUGCUGAGUAAUAAAGAGAGCUUAAUUUUUGCAGGUUAUUGAGGUGGAGGAAAAAAGCCAGUGAAAUAUAAUAGUGUAAUUUAU